CAAAUAAUACUAUUAUUGUUAUAGGUGUUUAGGAAUGCGAGGCUUCCAUUUCACAAGUCGGGGGGAGAUUAUCGUCAAAGGCAAAGGUCAGAUGUCAACAUACUUUUUAGAGGGAAAUGAGAAUGCGACUAUCGAUGAAAUUCUUGGUAGGGGGCAAACGUCAGAUACUGAAAGUAGUUCAAGUAGAGGGAGUACACCAGAAAAAGGGGACAAAGCAAAGGAAUCUCCUACAACACCAGCCAAGAAAGAUAUCAGAAAUUCAGCAAAUGACAAGGUAAUACCAAUGGUCUAUCCAGAUGACAUAGCUUCACCCGACAAAUCAAAGCUUAAGCCUGGCGGAAAUGUUUACUCCACUGUGGACCGAGCGCCCUCUAAAGGUUCUUUGCGAUCAAGUAAGUAGUUAGUUCUCAAAACAACCAGUUGUUGUUU